UAGCAAAUUUCAUGUUAGUCCUGUUGGCAACACUGCUCACUUUUUAAAAUCUAUUUAAUGGCGGAUGCGCUUGCGUGAUGCCGGUUUCGUGUUAUUAUUGCAUAUAGUUUGGCGUCUUUUCCUUGUGGAAUUGUGAUUUCAUUGAUUUUACCUGUUAAUACACGAUUGCUGGACAUUCACGAUGGUAGCGCAGAAGAAAGGUCGUGGCGCUAAAAACCAAGCAGCGAAGGCUAAGGCCGCCGCCCAGCCUGUAGAAGAACCAGCGCCCGAGAUGGAGACCUCCGAACCUGUGGAGGCGGAGGACAACAACGGCGAAGCCGAACAAAUCGAGCAUAACGAAGACGGUGCCGGCGACACUAGCGUCGCCGAGGGCAGCGGGGACGCCGACCAGAGCCAGGACAACGCCGAGGGCGAUGCCGCCGGCGAAGAUAAGAAAGAGGAAAAAGUGGAGUCUGGUAAAAUACUCGUUGAGAACCUCCCGUCGACGUACCUGUUCGACUACCAGGAGAAACUCAAGGAGUUGUUCUCGAAACAUGGAGAAGUUACCAAUGUCAAACGUGGUCCAAUCAUUGUAACUGAACUGACCACAACUCCGACAUUAUCGGCAAUAGUCGAAUUCAAAAACAAAGAGUCUCUGGAAAAGGCGAUGUCCGAGGAGGGCACCGUGCUAGAAGGCAGCCGGAUCACCGUGUCGGUGGAGUCCCGCGCCGAGACCGCCGUGCUCGUGGGCGUGCCGUACGAGGCCAGCACUGAGUACGUCAAGCUGCUGUUCUCGCAGUGCGGCGAAGUCACACACAUACACGAGUUCAGCAAGACCAAGUACAAAAUACUGCGAGUAACAUUCCAAGACAAGGACUGCGUGGACAAAGCUCUGAAGCUGGAUCGCGAGCUGCGCAUCAACGGUUUCCUUGUUACCGUCUCCAAGUACCGCGACGAAGACGAACAGAAGGCACACAACGCCGCCAACGUCAAUAAGAACAAGAGGCAGCACCCGAACCAGCAACAGAACAGGAAUAACUCCAACACGAACACAAACUCCAGUCCUAACUCCAACCGCGCCAACAACUUCCGCGCGCGCGGCGGAGCAUUCAACGCGAGGGGCAACUUCAGAGGAGCGCGCGGCCGCGGUGGUUUCGGAGGUCGCGGCGGUGCAUUCCCUCGCGGAGGGUUCGCCCCAGUCAACACGUACAUGCCGCCUCAGGGCUUCAUGGGCCGCCCGCAGGGUGGGUUCAUGAACGACGGCCAGCGGCCAAACAAGCGACUCCGGCAAAUGUAACCAUAUUGUUUAAGACAUAAGAUCCAGUGUCGUGCAUCGUCCUCCUAUGUUCGUGUGUGUGAGUGUGAAGAGCGCCCUAUCAGAGACUUCUACAGUGACAUGUUUUGCAGUAUCAGUAAUGAGAAAUAAAUCUAGCUAAUUGUAUUUACUAAGUACAUGAAAUAAAAUAAUUGUAAGCUAAUGUCUUUUUGACAUCAAUAAAUGUAAUUACUAACAUUUACAA